GUCAAAAAAAAAAAAAGAGAAAAAAAAACAUUUCCUUCAAUUCAAUUCCCCUGAGCCACCACCCUCGCGCUCUCUCUUUUUCUCUCUCCUCUGCAAAUUUCCCUACAACAUCAAUGGAGGUUUAGGGGUAAUCUAGCUACUUCGUCACUGAAAUCAAACCUACUUUGUCGCUCAAAUUCCUGCAUUUUCGUCAAUUUUCUUUUCUGGAAACUGCUGAGUUGGCUCAGUAGAACUGAUGGUGACUGAAAGCAUGAGUCCUGUUGAGACGAAUAAUGAAGAAAAACUACAUGUUCCUCCGGGUUUAGCUUCGCUGACAGCAUUUACUUUGAAAAGAGCAGAAGUUGUGGACAACCUUUCUGGUCCUGUGGGUGUUGAGAAUCCAAAUGAUCUGGAGAUAUCUUCCGGGCCAUCCCCCUUUGACAUUGAUGGAUUUGCAAGCAUCACGAGAAGUUUGAAGUUUAAGCAAAGACCGUGGAUUGUUUAUGACCAAUUCCAAAGUGAAAGGGAGCCAGAUGUUAAACUACAUGAUACGGUCAUACUUGUUUCUUCUUAAUAUUUCAGUGUCUGUAAACAUUUCGUCUCCAAAGAUUUGUCUUCCCAAAGGUGUUACCAGGGGAUGCUCAAACUGCAGCGGGUGUCAGAAGGUUUCAGCUAGGUGGAAUCCAGCAGGUGCAUUAAGCUAUGCACUAGAAGAUGCAAUUGUAUUUCAUCCUAAUGAGGAGGAUUUCAAGGACACCUUUAAGUACAUUAAAAGCAUACGUCAACAGGUGGAACCCUAUGGAAUGUGUCGUAUUGUUCCACCUUCAUCAUGGAAAUUGCCAAGCUUUUUCGAGGAAGAUGACAUCUGGCAAGAUUAUAAAUUUUCCACCCAAGUUCAAAGAGUUAAUGGUUUCCAAAAUCACGGCUCUUGUAGUAAAGUACCUUCAGAUAGUGACACUAGGGAGGCAAAACGAAGAAAAUUGGAUACCGAGUUUAGUGAUGCUUGUGCUGAAAAUUUUAGCUCUGACGAAUGCCAAGGAUCAGAAAACUUCUACAAUGAAUUGGGUCCUGAGUUCAGUCUUAUAGCUUUUAAACGAUACGCCGAUGAUUUUCACCAGUGUUACUUUUCCAGAGAAGUUGAGGUUCCAAAUGUUAAAGUGAGUGCAACUAAGUGUCAAGCACUGUGGGAACCAUCCGAACAGAAUAUUGAAGGUGAAUAUUGGCGGAUUGUGGAAAAGCCAACUGACGAAAUAGAAGUGCUUUAUGGUACUGAUACCAUAUGUGAAAAACUCGGCCGUGAAUAUUCAGUGCCAUCCAACCAAGGACAGGCAUCUGAUUCGGUAGAAGGAUUUGCUUUAAAUUGGGACCUAAAUCAUCUCAACAAGUUGCCUGGCUCCUUGCUUUCGUUUGAGACGUUGGAUUCUUCUGGUAUUUUGGCUCCUCGGCUACACAUUGGAAUGUGUUUUUCGUACCUUCCUUGGACUGUCCAAGAGAAUCACUUAUAUAAGCUCCAGUAUUUGCACUUGGGUGCUCCUAGGAUAUGGUACAGCACUCCUGGGUGUGACUCCCACAAGUUCGAGGCUGUUGCAAAGAGGCACUUCCCAGAUUCAGGAAAAGAACAUCUUGACCCACUUCAUGCACCAAAUAGACAAUUAACCCCUGCAACAUUAAAAUCAGAGGGUAUACCUGUUCACCGUUGCAUCCAGCGGCCCGGGGAAUUUGUUCUUUUUCUUCCAGGAGCCUAUCAUACUGGCUUUGAUUGUGGGUUCAGUUGUUCUGCAUCAGCAGUCUUUGCUCCAUUGGAUUGGUUGCCUCUUGGGCAAAUUUCCAUAGAGCUAUAUCGUGACAGGAGAAGGAAAACGCUAAUCUCUUAUGAUAAGGUUCUACUGAGAGCAGCCGAUGAAGCUUUGAAGGCUCAAUGGGAAUUUCUACUGAGGGGUAAGAAAACAUCAAAAGUCUUGACAUGGAAGGAGGCCUUGGGAAAAGACGGGGUAUUAGCAAAAACUCUAAGAGCGCGAAUUAGGUCAGAAACAAGGUGUAGGGACUAUCUUUCUUCCCCGUCUCAGUCAAGAAAAAUGGACAAAGCCUUUGUUGGUGAUGGCCGGAAACUGGAAUGCAGCAUCUGUUGUCAUGACUUGUAUCUGUCUGCAGUUUCCUGCCAUUGUACCCACAACAAAUACUCGUGUCUGAUUCACGCCAAGCAUUUCUGUUCUUGCCCCUGGUCUGAUAAACUCUUCCAUUUCCGGUAUGACAUCAGCGAGCUAAAUAUUCUCGGAGAAGCCGUGGAAGGCAAACUGAGUGCGAUGAGGAUUUGGGUCAAAGAAAAUCUUGGGCUAGCCCUACAGUGGGACAAGCCCAAGCCCAAUCAAUGUCCAAAUGGGCCUUUUGUGAACCCAUCAUCAACUGCUGCUGUCAAAGACAAGGUUGUUUAUGAAAAAGACAGCGGUUUUGACUCAAAGUUACAUUCAGAGGCAAAGAAAACGCUGUUUCAGAUGAACUCAGAUGAUCUUAAGGGUACAAAAGCAGGAAAGAGUGGUUUGAAAGAUCUAUGUGAUGAUACAAGUUCGUCUUCUUCCUCUGACUUUGAUAUAGAGGAAUAUGUCACACAUUUGGAGGAAACCUGGAGCUUUCCCUCAAACCGUAAAGGAGAAUCAAUGGCGAACAGCAAAGAGCGAGGUUAAAAAUCUCGAGAUCUCGUGUAAAUUGUAUGUCCUGUUCCAAGACCUGUGAUGGAAUCAUGUCUAUAUUGAUGUAUUUUACAACUCUAGACAGGUUUUUUUUUUAAUAUUGUAGAAGUCCCUUUAGGAUUUUGUAAUGACUUUAUUUGGCAGUUUGUAUUUAAAAAAAAUUGGCAAUUUAUAAAGAAAGAAGAGGUACUAGGAAGAAAAUAGAGCUGAUCAACAUGAGCCCGGCCUGUUGGCUCGACCCGAAAAAUAGCGGGUUUUGGGUAGAAUGUUUAGGCCUGGUUUAGAGGCCCGGCCAGAAUUUUAAAAUUUAUUGGCAGGUUUUGGGUAAUGUAAAACUAUACUUUUAUUUAUAAAUUUGACCUGGUCUGAAAUGGCCCGAAGCCCGCUAAUUUGGGCCGAA